AUGGAGGAAGAGUGGGUGAAGCAGCAAGGCAGGGAGGUAGACACCAGGAACGUGGCUUGGGCUCAGCAGAUCGGAUCUUCCACCCAGAAUUCAAACACAUUCCUCCCCCUACUGCUACGCCUGCUUGUUGCUGUGGGUCAGGAGCCUGUUCUCUUCUCCGGCACCAUACGAGACAAUAGAACUUACGGAUUACCAAACUGUUCACUCGCGAAAAUAGAGGAAGCAGCACGCAAAGCCAAUGCACAUGAAUUCAUCUGCCAGUUUCAGAAAGGUUAUGACACAGAUGUUGGAGAACGAGGAAGUCUUCUUGGUAGCAGUCAGAAGCAGCGCAUUGCGAUUGCUAGAGCACUAAUAAGACAGCCACAGGUUAUAUUACUGGAUGAGAUCACAAGCUUUCUGGAUCCUAAGAGUGAACAAAUGGUCCAACAAACCCUGGCCAACUGCCCCAGUCAGACCUUACUGGUGAUUGCACACAGACUGAAGACCAUUGAGAAGGCAGACCAGAUUAUUGUGAUUGACCAGGGGAUGAUUGUGGAGCAAGGCAGCCACCAGGAACUCAUGGAGAAGAAGGGACAUUACUACAAACUGAAAGAAAAACUCUUUACUGAAAAUAACAGUAACAGUUAAUGUGAAACAUGUUUCACUAAUGUGAAAUAAAGUCUAAUAUUAAACCUGGAGGCAUGGACACUUCAGCAGUAUACAGUACGGCUGUAAUCAUAAACAACAAUAGAUGUUUUUGGUAUUUGACAAUGUCUUUUCAGCUACAGUGUCAAUAGUUUGUCAGUAUACUUUAUAUUUACACAUUGUAAAUAAUGCUGAAAAAUAUAUUAUUUUUUAUUUCAUUUUAGGCAUGUGGGAUCAUCACAUAGAUGCUUGUUUGGUAGAAAACAGAUACAGACAGAAAGGAAAUGUUUAUGAUUCAUGUGACUAGUCACAAUAUUCAGAUUUCUACUCUUAUUAUUAUAAAAUCACAACAUUGUCUGUUAUGGAUUUUUAUCUUGUUUUGGUAAGAACCCAGGCUGAGGAACAUAUCCAUUACUAUAACUGAUUCUGCAAUCUGUGGUUAUGAUAGAUGUGUUUUAUGUUCACUUGUAGAAGCUGCAUGUCUCUCAUAAGUGACUCUUUUAGCUGCACCUUUGCUGAACAAUCCCUUUUCCCUCUUAAAAUGUCUUUCAUAAAUUCUUUCAAUAAAUAUUUAAUUUUA